UUUUUUAAAUGUACUUCUUCUCAAAAGAGUGGGAAUUUCAUGGAAUGAUUGAGGUAAUUAUAAAAAAAUCCUUUUUCUCUCUCAACUUGACGACUAGGGUUUCUUCUUCUCCUUGCCGCCGUUGGUGUGGCCUCUCGCCCACCGGCGAGAAUCUUCCUCUUUCUCCCUCCUCUUCCUUUCUUCUAUGGCUUUAGUGAUGCUUGCUCGGGCUCCUGCUCCACCUUUGCUCCUCCCUUCUCCGAAUCCGCCGCCGUGUGCUCUACCGCAAGAUUUGACCAGUUUGGUCUCUCCUUCUGAACCUCCCGACCCUCCAGACCCACCAGACUAUCUCGUUGGAGCUUCCAACUCCUUUCUCUCGAUUUUGUUGUUGAGGUCUUCAGAUCUAGGAUCAGAUCUUGUUCAGGCUUUGAGCCCUCUAGAUCUGGGUUUUGCUUUACGAUCUAUUACUGCUGUGUGCAGUUCGUGGUACCAAGUAUUUCCUCUCGCUUGUUUGGAGCUUUGGUUCUCUAUUCCACACCUCUCUCAUCCUCUAGUCACUCUAUCAAAAGGUUUUGUCUCUCUGAAAGGUAGUAAUUUCUUUGAAUUUUUUACCUUCUUUUGGAACAUGCCUUCGUUUAUACUUCAGUUCCCUCACCAUGAGGAUGUGAUGAUUUCUACUAGUUUUAGGCUGGUUUUACCUCAGUAUGAGGCUGUUAUGAUCUUGCUUAAGCUCAAGUUGUUCUUACCUCAUUAUGAGGAUGUGUUGUUUUCGAUUGGACUUCGAAUUCAGCUUCUUUUACCUCAGUAUGAGGUUGGUUUGAUUCUGUAUAAGCUUAGGCUUCUCUUACCUCAUUAUGAGGAUGUUAUUCAAAAACUUUGGUUAAGAGCAAUUCAUGUUAUUGUUUCUUUGGUUUGGUUUCUUGAAAUUUCACGCAGGAUAAAGGAAAAGACAUAUGACGUCUUAACAAGAAAUGAUCUUGGGUCUUGGACUCCAGAUUUGUUCAUCGAGAAGUGGUGGUUUUCGCAACCCCACACCUCUCCGAAGUUGAGGUUUUUCUCACAUCUCGUAGGCUCAAGAAGUUGGUGCUUUGUCGCCUAUGCUAUCGUAGCCGUAUUUCAUGAUGCGUUUUAUCCACUAGAGGAUGUUGCAUCUCCGGACAGCAGAUCACCAAGUGUGCUCUCUUAUUUCCGAAAGCUCAUCUCAUGUUUCAGCACUAUUGGUGUCUCCAACUUUAGUUGCUUAACUGUUAUGUAUGUUUUUAUCUUUUUCUUUCGUGCUUUCCGUAUGCCAUUUGUAGCAGUGGUUUCUUUGGCCUUUGUAGCAUCUUUGAUGUACUUGUUGAACCAUUUCUCCAUUGUUGGAGAGUAGAAUCAUUUAUAAAAAGCUAGUUUGACCAAAAAAAAA